AUGAAAAGAAGUGAUGUUCAGGACUUUGUGCGGUUGGAAUAUAAAAAGUACAAGAGGAAAAAGCCUCCGCCGAAUUUUAGUGACGUGAUUGACUUCGAUGAAGUCGAAAAUUUUGAAAAUAAAAUAGAGCGCGAAUGUCAUUUGAACACAGAAGAACAUUUGGUUGCUGAAUGCUGUAAACUUGGCCUAAAAAACCCGACGAAAUGGAAAGCAUAUUGGAUGAAAUCUUGUCCUGGUUUCAUGUUUGUGAGAAAUCCGUUUCUUUCUCAGUCUCAGAAGUAUUGGACUCAUCAAGCACUUACAGAUUAUACGAAAAAACCUUUUCCUUGUAAUCUAGAUGUACAUAUGAAGCUGGAUGAUUCUAAGACUAUCUGGGAAAUAAGCCAAGAAGAAAGCCCAUUGAAUCCAUACAGUUUUAUGGAAAGAUUGAGAUGGUCGCACCUUGGAUACCAUUUUGAUUACAACUAUGUGAACUAUAAAGAAGAAAAGUAUUAUGGUUUUCCAGAUAAUCUAUCCAUGCUUAUGAAGUGCAUUGCACAAGUACUUGGUUUUAGAAGCUAUGUUCCAGAGACUGCUAUAGUGAAUUACUAUCCCAUUGGAAGUAGCAUGGGUGGACACACUGAUCAUUAUGAAGAGGAACUGGAUGCACCAUUGAUCUCUGUGAGUUUUGGCCAACCAGCUGUUUUUUUGAUUGGUGGAAAGACAAAGGAUAUUAAGCCUGAAGCCAUUUGGAUUCGAAGUGGAGACAUUGUAAUUAUGUCAGGGGAAUCAAGGGUAGCAUAUCAUGCUGUACCAUGCAUUAUAAAAGAAGGUUUGGAUGGCAAGCCCCCUGAAGCUCUUCAAUAUGACGGUUCUAGAGAAACAAAGUGCGAUUGUGCAACAGUUCAAGACAUUGAAGGCCAGUCAACAGUGAAAGAGUGUAUGAACAUUGAAGGCAGCACCUCUGAUCUAGAAUGUCAAUUUAGCUGUAAGGGAGACAAUCAUUUAUGGACAAGUCUUACUCUGUCAAAGAAAGACUGGGAACCUUUUGCUAGUUAUUUGUCGAAAACUAGGAUUAACAUUAAUGUAAGGCAAGUUCACAAAAGGUAGAAUUUAGCACAAUGAUUUGCAAUAUGAUAUUUUAUAUUUUCGAAACUUUAUGAAUGAGCAUGAAUGUAAAGCCAUCCAAAAAAGCAUUUCCUGUGGGUUGUUUUAAAUCAGCAGAUGGCUUCAAUCUGUGGAUACCUUGCCAAAUCAUACAACAAUUUGUUUCUUCUAUUUUCAUAUUGGAAUAAUGGUCAUCUCAAACAAUGUUGUUAGCCAUUUGCUGUUUGACUAUUUGAUGCAGUCAUAACAAUACGUUUUUAGAAUUUUUUAAGUUUUAAGUGAGCUUAAAAGAACACAAUGAAAUACAUCUAAAGGUGGCAAAUCAGGUUCAUCUAUGACAGAUUACUUAAUUAUAGACUCAUUCAUCAUCAUCAUUGUCAUCAUCAUCAACCAGUUUUUAUCUGGGGGUUUCCACUUAGAAGCAGGUGGCCGGAUGUACUUAUGUCCUGCAGCGAUUCUUUCUAUUUCAAAUUACUUUCCAUGUCUUCUUUCACCAAAACAACCUUCAUUCCUCCUCCAUCUGUCCUUUCCAUGUUUUCCUGGGCCUUUCUCUCCCUUUUUGUCCUUUUACCUUGAAGUCCACAUCUUCUUCAAGAUGUUUCCUUCUGGUCUUCAAAGUAUAUGUCCCAAACAUCUUUCUACUUUGCCUAGAGUCUCACUGUCCUGAGCCUAGUUUAUUUUCUGGCAUUCUUCUUAUCAAUUUCAUUUUAUUUAUUUCAGGUUUCAUUUUGCAAAUGGAGAAUAAUGUAAUUUGUUGAACUUGGAGUAUUAGAAACAUCUCUUACAAGAGUUUUUAGAUUUGCUUGGUGAAAAUUUUUAAAUUUAAUAUUUUCUAAUUAGAGUUAGAUAAAAUAUCACCUUGUAUAGUUUGCAUUCAAGAUGAUUCUUCAAAACUGACUGGUUUAGUGCUAUUUCACUGAUAUUUUGAAGAAAAACAAAACAUUUCAAUAGAAUGCAGGAGUUUCAAAGUAAAGGUCUAACUUCUAACUCCAUAAAUUUAUUGACUUUCAAACAGUAAGCUUUGAAGCAAACAUACCAUUCUUCUCGGGUGGGAGUAGAAGUGCUCCCAACCAAAAUGUUGCUCACUAUCCAAAAUAUAAUUGCCAAAUGCUAACGUCUUGCCAGAAUAAUUACAAGUGUAUUCUUUAGCACUACCACUGCUGAGUUCUAGUGCACCAUGUGUGUGGAAAGGGAGUAAAAAAGACCAAAAUAAAUUUGCAGAACUUGUGAAGCCGACACUUAGCAUAUAUCUGCAUUUGUCAAUACUAUCGUCAAAGUCUGACAAUGGCAGAAGACCCAUGUUUAAACUUUUUGCUAUAAGAAAAAAAAACCAAAUUCAAAUCCUUAAAUCCGGACAUUGAUUCGCUACACUGGCUGUCCUCAUAGAGUGUAGAACGCAGUUAGUUGAUUUCAAUGGAAAGCUUUCUCGUUCUGCAAUAAUUUCUUUUGGUGCUCCUCAGGGCUCCAUCCACGGACCACUUCUGUUCUUCUUGUAUGUGAAUGAUCUACCAAGCCUUAUUGAUUCCAAAACUGAUUAUUCCUGAUGAUACAACUAUCCUGUCACAUGGGCCCUCCCACAGUAGUCUUACUCCAAUCAUUCAAAAGGACUUGGACAGUGUUAGUCUAUACUCUUCUAUAAACCAUCUUGUCCCUCAUUCUACCAAGACAGAAGUAAUUAUCUUCAGUAAGCCGUCACAAGCAACAAUGUUUAAAGACCGUGCCGUCCUAUCAGUGGCGGAUCCAGACUACCGCCAUUACCGCUCGAGCGGUAGUCAGAUUAUUCAAAAAAUUAUAGAAACAAGGAUCAUUCUCAUGUUUAUCCUACUACUUUAAUUAAACCAUAAUUAAUUAUUGAAAAUAUUUGAUCGCGCUGCAAACCAAGCCUUUCUUCCUAGGAACAUGCCUGAAAUUUCCACAGAGACAGAAAUAUGUUUUAAUCCAUAUCGCUAUGGAACUUGCGUGCCAAUUGCCGAGCCACAUGUUUGCAAAUAGAAGGCUAGCAUGGGGGGAUGAUGAAAUAAUGGCUUGCUAGCUAGGGGGGUUGAGUCGGUGUAGAGCGGAUUCGAGCUGCACUGAGCGGUAGUCAGCUUGCCUAAACCAAUCAAAUCGUCAGAAAUCACUGCCAACCUGGGGGGAUGCAUACAAAUUUUGUUGACAACCAAUGAACAACCGAGUUGACUACCGCUCAGAUGGGGGGUUGAAGUAGUACUGCCGCUCAACGCGGCUCAAACGUUACAGAAAGAUGGGGGGAUGCCUACAUAUUCUGCAAGUGGGCAAACUGUAACUUCAAAGCCGAUGUGACCCAUUAUUCUGUACAAUACACAACUAUUCGUAGGAAUAUAUUUUAAAAGAAUAUUAAAUUAAAAGUCAGGCCCACAAUAUUCGCCAAAAGUAUGAUUCUUUGUUUAACAAAAGUUGCUCUCAAUAAUUGCAAAUUUUAUCUAGCUUUUUAAACUUAGUAAUUUUCAACAGGUCUGAUUUUCAUAAGUAAUUGUCCGACUAAAUGCGAGUUUUAGGCGACACUUCGAAAUUCUGCCAAAUUGUUCUUUUUUCCUAAUUCGAUGGUGUUCCUCGUCUAAAUGCCGUAAAUUUUUUUAGAAUAUCCAUCCUCAGAAUAUUGAAUAAGAUUAUUUAUUUCUUCUCAAGCUUGUUGUAAGGAUACAUGAAAUUUUAGUAAAGCACCGCUUGUCUCUUGAAAAUGGUCUACAUAGGAAAUUAUAGAAAGCAAUAAUCAUUUUAGAAAACCGGGUGUGACCAAGAAAUGGGUGUGGUCUAAAGGGUGUGGUCAACCCUCUAUCUCAUUUCGGCGGUAGUCAGAUUUUUGGCUGGAUCCGCCACUGGUUCUAUCCCUCAACAAUGCAGAAAUUGAAUAUGUCAACUGUUACAAGUGUCUUGGGUUCUCAUUAGAGCAACACUUUGACUACUCUUUACAUGUCAAAGAUACCUGUAAAAAAUCAAUUAUGGCCUUCGAAUAAUAAGACGUGUUAAACCUUUUGUGCCGGAGAGUAGUUUGAUCCUCUUUGUCAACUCUUUUGUCCUAAGCCAUUUGGAUUAUUGCUCGCCAGUCCUGUAUAACCUUAGCGCUGGCCAGAAGCGAUGUGCUCGUUUGAUCUAUAUCUUUAACAGAAGGACACCUAGCAAGCCUUUAUUUAUUAAACUUUAUUG